AUGGAGUGCGACAACAUGUCUUUUGGGGACAUUGACCAAGUUCUCUCGGACGACGGAGCUUUGCAACAUACUCCGACGAAAGGACAAACCGAUACGACUGAACUGCAAGACGCUUAUCCCAGUGACAUGUCCGAGACCGCCUCGUUGGCAUCAUACCGCUCAACCGAGUCGAACCCCAAGAGUAAGCAAGCUCAACAAUUUACUCAAAACGUUUUCCAUCCGUGGGGUGUGGUAGACUAUCACCUGUAUCUUUGUGGAAUCGAGAAGGGUGCGAAUACACACUCGCGACGCAACGGCAUGUACGUAUACGACGGGCUCGAUUGCCGGCCGGUACCCUACCGUGAGCUCUUCGACGACGAGGCACUUGAUCCUUCCAACAUUGGAGACGAUCCCAAAUUUUUGUCUUGGAUCCUGCCCCUGAGCAACGGAGCAUUCUCCUUCGGGGGGAGGAGCUAUGUCCUAGGUUUCGAGUACAGGAGCCGGACUCUCUUCGUUCGCCAGUUCCAUUGGCUUCCCGACGGAAUCGACGACAUUUGGUGCGUAUGGGACGAGGGAUUCACCAUGUAUCGUCUCUCCAUCCCCGAGUUGAUCGGGGUGCUGGAUUCGGUGCUCUCCGGCACGGCCGACGUGGGCAGGGGGAUUCUCAGCUGCCACGCCCUGGGUACGAUCCCCUGCACCGGUGACGACCCUGGCCUCGAGAUUCUCAUUACCAUUCUACUCUGUCAAUGGGUGAUCGAUUUUGCCGCAGUGUUCUCUGGCAUGGACCCGACGGCAUGCAACAAAUUCACCGAAACCCUCACCACCUACAUGGAGGGUUGCCGUCAGAUUCUGCAGCGAGCCUCGUACCGGGCGUGGUUUGCCUCCCGCGACGGCCAUACGCUGAGGGACUACUCCCGCAAAGGAGCCAUCGACAAGUACACCAAUGAUCUUUACACCUUCAGCCAGUCUGCCGAGAGCGGAAGUUUGAAAGACAAGUCAUGGUACGCACCAAGUCUUGACACAUGCAAUAUGCUCCGUCGUCGAGAGCGAUCUAUGAGAAGAGAACGAACGGAAUGGAAGCUGGAAGGUUUGUUCACGCGUCCCGUGGCUGCUUUGCCGGCGGAAUCCCCCGAGCAGGUCUUGGAGAAGAUGUUGGCAAGAGUCGAGCCUCCCCGGACACCUUCGCCGAGACAGUCUCCUGGCGAAUCCGUCUCUAGUGAUUCUUCCUCGGGUGAAUCUUCGAGCGUGCGAUCCCCGGAGACAGUGGCAACCGAGCCGUCGUUGGUCUUCGAAGCCACAGACUUUCACAAGAUACCGCUGGCCCUACUUUUGGAACGCUUCCUCGAGCUUGUCGAGACGUACCCGGGAUUGGACACUGCGGGCCAUCGCCGUCAAUUUGGAGGUUUCCUGGACGAACUCGGCAUCGACAUCGAGCACACUUCCCGCGAGGACUGCACGAUGGCCCCUGUCUUGGAAAGCCCGGAUGACCGUUAG